UAUCGUUUCCAUUUUAAUUAAUACAAAUAUUACAAUAUUAAUCGAUCUAAUAUUUGAAAAAUCAAUUGAGAUUAUUCGAAAAUGACUUAUCACAAUUGGAAUUUUUGUAAGGAUUUAUUCGAUAAUAAAAAUCAUGAGCUUGUAUUAAAAAAAAAUCAAAUAGAAGAGGACAGUCUGUUUAAUCGAAGGAAAAAAAUACAAAAUCUUGCACAAGCUGAAUGGUAUAACAUGAAAAAAAUUCGUGAAAAUUUGAAGGCCAUGUUACCGAUGAUACCUCUUUCUGAAGUAAAACGAUUCUACUUAAAACACGAUGAAGCAGUCAUAGACGAACUUAAAGAAAAAGGCUUAGAAAAUGCGGCUGAUUUUAUUCGAAAUUUAAUUGAAUUCGAUGAAGAAAGAAGAAAUAUUGCUGGUCCUGGUACAUCUACCUGGACAAAGCCACGAUUAAAAGAUCAACGAGAUUUAUUAAAUCAAUUAAAAGAAACUUUAAUCGAAAUUGGAAAAGCUGAAAAACUAAGACAAUCAAUAGAAGCAUCAAAUUUGUGGAUAAAAAUAUCAAUAUUUUUUCAAUCAAAAGGUGAAGAUUGGUGGUGGGUAACAAAAAAACUUUACGAAAAUGCAUUGAAAACAGCCGAAUUAAUUGAUGAGGAUGACGCACGCAAUAUCACUGUCGUACGAUAUCUUUACGGAAAAUUUCUUUCUAUGAUAGAGAUCGAUUGGCUUAAAGCGCUCGAGUAUUUGGAUAUUGCAAGAGAAGCAUCAGAAAAUAAAAUAUGGAACGUUUCGAAAAUAAUUAAUGAAAAAGAAAAAUCUAUUUUUAAAGAAUCUUGUGCUCUGAUUUACAAAAUUCUUAUUGCACUUGUUCAACGAAUUGGCCAAGAGGAUUCCGAAUUUGCUGUGCAAGCUUGCAACGAAGCUUUGAAAAGAGCUACGGAUACUGGUCAUUACGAUUACAUAGCUAACGCUUUGUAUGAGCUAGGAAGGACCCAUUUGUAUUAUGGCAAUAUUAAAUAUUCUUUGGAAGAAUUUUUUAAAUUAUUAGCCAUGGCCAAAAGAAAUUCGGAUCCCGAAAGAAUUUGUAAUGCACACAUGGAAUUAGCCUUUGCUUACAAGGAAAUUGAUGACACUACAAAUACAGAAAAACAUUUAAAUUUAUUUCGAGAUAAUGCAAUUCAGUUUGAUUUGCCGUAUAAACUUGCACAAGCCCAUUACUAUAUUGGUGAAUAUUUAUUAAAUCAGAUGAAACCUAAUUCAGCAACGCCACAUUUGGAAAAAGCUUUCAGUUUAUAUUAUGAUCUUGGAUCUAUCGAGGAAGCAGAUCAAGCAAGAAUAAUCACUGGUAUAUCAAGGGGACAAGAACAAAUAGAACAGUUUAUAAAUCUGAUAUUAAAAUGUGAAAAACAUAAUCUAUACGCACUGUGCAAAAUGUACAAGUGGAAAAAUAAAAGAGACAUUUUUUGGGCCAAUAAGCAAUGUGACAUUAAUAAUAAAGGUAUUUAUUAUUUACUAUUUAUAUAUUUACGAUUUUACUUAUUUUUAUUUCUUUUUUUUUUUUUUUCUACUAUUCUAAUAUCAUUGUCCUACAAUAAGUAAACGUUAUGACAUAUUACAGAAAACUAUGAUUAUUAUGAACAUCUUGCGUAUCCAAAUCAAUCGAUUUUAAAUCAUUUAACAAAGCAAACUUAAUAUUUAUAAUUAUCA